AUGAGCAAAAGUGUGCCGAGGUGUGUUGACAGUCUGUCUCCAAUCUUUCUCAAAUUCUUUGCAUCCCGCAAGGGGACAUCGUGCGUCGUACGCCCAUUAACACCGAGGUGGCAGCUAUAUUCGGCGUUGACGUCCGCAAUACGCCUGGAAAGUUUCCCAACGUUUUGUGCGUGUCUUGUGGGCGGCUCGACCGUUGUUCCUACUCUCAUUCUCCGACUAUGGGGCCUUGUAAGGCUCAAGCUGGGUUCAAGGGAUCCUGCCUCGAUCCCUCAUCAUUAUGCCCGGGUGAUCCGAUUACUAGCCGCCUUUAUUUCUGCGUGGUCAAGCUUUGAGCUUCUGAAUCGGAGGCCCCUCAAGCUUCGCCAGAACAGGAAUUCCCAAAGUAGUGCAGAAGGUAGUGCGGUUUCGAACCAGGCGGCUGCGGAUAAAUCCCCGGCCGGCCUGGAGCACCACGGACGUCCCGCCUUUGCGGGCAGGACGAUGGACCUUACCUUGUUUACUUUAACCCGAGCCGUGGAUACCGUCGCCUCGAUCGCAUGGGCCCAAUGGCGAUCAAGGCGGAAGGCACAAGGUCGGUGGACAUCAGCAGAGUCUGUGGCACCUGGGCUGGUGGAUGCCGGCCUUUUUGCGGCCAGCUCGGCGAUUGUGAUGUGGGCUUGGUUUUAUGUCCCAGAACGAUUACCCAAAUCUUACGAAAAGUGGAUUGGAGAGGUUGCCAAGGUGGAUACCCGCUUGAUCGAAGCGCUUCGCCGGGCCAGGAGAGGUAUCUUUGUGUAUGGAAAAGACACGGGUCAAGGCUCGCUGCUUCGGCCCAUGUGCAAGGAAUAUGGGUGGCCGUUGACGUGGGGGGAACCCUCGGAGACCAUUCCCAUACCCUGCCAAAUGGUCCACAUGAGCUGUGGUCCCAGCUGUGAGUGGCAUGCGAUAUCUCGAUUCGCGCGGACCUUUAAGUUCGCCUGUGCGACCUACAUCCCUUUGCAGAUGGCCGUUCGUGCCCGCUCCAUGAAAUCCAUGGCGGCCGUUCGUCGGGCGAUCACUGAGGCACUCCGUUCAUCAGGCUUCCUCGCCGCGUUCGUGAGUCUCUUUUACUACUCCGUCUGCCUGGCCCGGACGCGACUCGGACCCAAGAUCUUCAGCAGCAAAAAUGUAACCCCCCAGAUGUGGGAUUCUGGACUCUGCGUCGGUGCCGGGUGCAUGAUGUGCGGAUGGAGCAUACUGGUCGAGAAGGCACGGAAGCGGCAGGAAAUGGCACUGUUUGUGGCACCCCGAGCAGCCGCCACUGUGCUUCCUAGAGUUUAUGAUAAAAAGUAUCAAAACCGCGAACGCAUGGCCUUUGCUCUAAGCGCCGCCAUGCUUUUCGCCUGCCUUCAGGAGCGACCCGAUUUAGUCCGCGGUGUGUUUGGCAGAGUCGCCGCCAGUGUCUUGAAGGCAUGA